UGGCUUUCAUGGGAAGAUGAUCUUGUAUUCUCUUACACCGUUUUUCGUUUUAAUUUUUAUUCCGCGGGCUACAGCAAACCCUUACAAGGUAGGAGAGGUUAAAUGUGAGAAACAAAACAAUUUCAAAUAUGAAUUAAUUUAAUUUUCACUCGGAUUCAAUGCGUAAAACUGUGCUUAUAUGUUACUGCUUUGUUUCGAAUCGAGAAUGUGCACACUUUGUUGACACCAGACGAAAGGGAGAAGAUAUUCGGGGAACCUUUUUCACAAAGUGGUGAGUACAGUGAAAUGUUCUUUUGAGAUCAGCUCAGGUUUCUUUUUGUCUUGUAUCCAAUUUUUGAACAGGGAGGAGUGGCAAUAUAUCAUUCAGAUUUGUAAUUGUAACGAUCGUAGUUAAUCUAGGAAGCCAACUCAUCAUACAAAUUCUCACACACAAGAUAAAAAUUAAUUCAGUUAUUCGUGUUGCAUUGUAAAAAGCUUUAAGAAUUCAAUUUAAAUCUUGCGAAAAAACGGGAGUUAUUUUUUAGGUUAUAUCAAGAUAUAAAUCACAUCAAGUUACAUCUGGCAAUUUUAUCAACUUAGCUACUCAGUUUCCUCAGAUCUUUUCUCUUCCGCCACCAGAUGUACAAAUGGCGAUAAACCUUUUUAUUUAAAAAACAUAUGAUUGAAUUCUAUUCUUUUUGUUCAUGUUUUGAACUGUCGCGAAGCUAAGAACAAAGGUUUUGUUUUGCAAAAGACAGGAAAGGAAAUGUAUCAGUGUGCAAAACCGUUACAACCACGUGUGAGAUCAUGCGUUCGAUCAGAAAGCCUCUUUUAUUUGGCAGAGCUGUUGCGAUCUUCUGAACUUUUUCCUCGCACAGCCGAUAGUAGUAAAACAUUUAACACUGAAAUGUUUCAAUUUUGUGACUUUUAAGCGCAAAUUGCCAUAAUCUAAUGGUAUCAGUAGAUGUAAAGCUAAUUUCAAGGAUUAUUGAAUAGGAGUAUUUUAUCAAAGGUUUCAAAGACUGGAAAGAUUACGGCUUAAUUAGAACCCUUUGUUUGGAGCUCAAAAAAGCUAUGGAUCUUCGUGUCUGAUUCCUGCCGACACGAUCUGAGAAAAAGAUACAGGCAAGGAUUAUUUAGAUUAACUUGGCUGGAAGACAUAUGUUAAAAGUGGUUUCGAAUAAUCUGACCACAAUCUAAGCUGAGGAAAAUUAAAACUGAUUUAAGUCGCAUGUUUUUUGGCAGGAACCCUUUCUAUUUCCUCUGAAAUGCUGGCUAUCGCAUUUCUUAAUCAAUUCAGUCUGAUAAAAGCUUUAAUCAAAUGAAAUUUGAAAUUUUAUGUGAUUACUGACAGAGGUAGGAAUUCUAAGUCGUUCCACCUUAGUUGAUGAAACAGUUAAAAAAUACGAGUAGGUCCAAGUAUAAUUUCGGAAUCGAAGAGGGAAUACUUCUGACGAAUUGAUCAGAUUGAAUCAUUCAACACAUGCAAAUCGAAAAUUCUUAAAAUGCUAUUUAAUCGAAUAGUGCAAUUAUAUUAUUGAGAAAAAUUAUUGACUUGAAAUUACUCUGCAAAAUUACUGCGGUCACAGGUCUGUCAUUUUUAUUUCAUCGGAUUACUUUUUUUUUGAAAAAAGAGUCUCCAAAUACUUCAAGUCGACAUAAUACCACUUUCUGGUUUUACUACGCAAUAAAUAUCUGCAUAAUUGCCACUUAAAUCUCACAGUACGUACUGAUCAUAGAAUGGAUAUUUCAAUGGUAAAAGCAUUGUCGGGGAUUUGGUUUUCAAUCGCGCGGGCCGCAUAAAGACUCGCCAAUCAAUAAGUGAGUCCUAUGCAGGUAGAUAAAUAUCUGCUGGCGACAUAUUGUCCUCCGAUCAUGUCUGUUAUCUUAAACAAAGAACGAUCGAGCCAUGACUAAUGUGAUCUUUUCCGGUUAAGACUGUCUAUAUCUACAAUGUAUCUACAUAUUGAGAUAGAAACAUUAGUUCUUGGAAAAUGUUCUACGAAAUUAUAACUGAACUUUAAAACAUAAGCAAACAAUCGAUUUUUUUAAAAAUAUUUACCUCAUAUCUCCAUUCAGAAUCAGCUACACUUUUACCUUUUAUCUCUAUUCACACUUCAAAACGCUAUCUUACAAUGCUCUAAGUACUAAUGGUUGCAUUACUCCAGUUAGCCGCGACAAGAGUCAUCAAUUCUGCAUAAAUGCGUGCGGUAUAAAAUUAGGGCUAACUAAAACUGUAAAAAUCCAGUGAAGUAUCAUUAACGGCUCAGACUAAAAUAAAGAAAUUGUUAAGUUCAAAAGAUUAUUCAACCAUAAUUAUAGCAUAAUGAGAGGGAACAUUUAUUAGGUCAAUGCAACAUGUAACAACUUCAGCAUGGGUAGAAAAGCAAGGAAUAUUCUCCUGGCUGACGUUUAAAUGCAAACUGUGAUAUACGCCUUUUUAACUCGUGAAUUGCGCGCAUGCGCAAGAGCGAGUUAUAGAUACGAUGUGGGGAAUAGCAUUCGCUCGCUCGAUUGGUCGAUUCCUGUAAACUUUUUUUCGAUUUUAGGCUUUUGAGUGCAUUUGAUAGUUUUUGGCGAGCAAUAAACAAACGAAAUGGCGACCUUUGUUGCUAAGAAUAGUGGUGGGGGUGAAAAAGAAGCCAAUGAUAAUCUUAAAAGAGUGUUUUUUUUUCGUUUUAGUUUCAACAAGCGGCGCCAGCGACUGGCAGGCAUGCUAGGAUUCACACUGAAAUAACAGAACAACCUUCGUUUUUCAUAAAAUUGUAAUUCACAGUCCUUGAACUUGAAAACAAUCCAAAGAUUCAUUGAAAAUAUCACUUACUGCAAAGCGCACGGAGUUUACAGAUGUUCAAAAGCUUUUCUUGUUAUGGCGUGAGAUUGAGGACAAAAUCGAUCAUUACGUUUCGUAUCGUGUGUUUUUCCUGUGUGAAGCAAUAAAAGAUGCCGACGACUGACGAAAUUACAAGUAAGAGAUCAAUACAUGAAUUUUUACAAUGAUAGACUCUGUCCAUCAGAAAACCAAAAACAAAAAUGAUAUACGUAUUUCAAAUGUUUCCAUUGCUCAAAAACACUGAACUUUUUCUUCUUCUUACGACAAUAAAUAUUUAUUUGAACAAAUGCAAAAAUCAUGAAAAUUCACGGUUUGCAUAUGAGAUCAAAUGGUCCAUCAGAAAAGUAGCAUUUUGUUCCUAAUAUAAAGUGUAGUUCGUUUGAAUCUAUACAUCUAUACUAGUCUUUGUGAGAAAGAGGUAAAGAUCAUGAUAAUAUCAAUUUUUUUAGGAAUCUUUUUUUACUGUUUUACUGAAUUUUUGAUAUAACUUCUUACGCCUAUGCCGUCCCUCCAUGAAAUAUUUCUUGGAUGAUGAGCUCAAAUCGUGCACCAUUUCAUUACAUUUUCAUUUCUCCUGAGAAAACAUUUCGUGAUCUUAAGAACUCUAAGAAGUGUUACAACCCAUGCUUUUAAGGGUAAAAUCUAGCUUCUAUCUCACUACGCAUUAAUUUAGUUCCAGAUUAUCACGUUACCCAUCCCGUUCAAGUUGACGAAAGUGCCAACUUCUUGACUCGUGACCUUUCAAAUGGAAAUCACAGAAAGCGCCGAGAUUUAGCAGGAGCAAAAGGAGAACCAAUGUACUUCCACUUAUCAGCGUUUGGCCAAAACUUUCACUUGAACGUAACUUUAAAUGAUGAACUACUCUCACCCAACUUUGUGGUCGAGAUUCGAGGAAAUCAGAGUUCUCGAUUUCAUUUGGAUUUUGAAUAUUGCCAUUAUACCGGCCAAGUAGUAUCUUCAAAAGGAUUGGGAACUAGAGUGGCCGUGAGUAACUGUGAUGGACUGGUGAGUAAUGUUUUGAUACUGCUGAAUUCCUUGCAAUGACAAAAUGUCUUGAUACUCACUUUCACCGAUCAACAAUUCUCUUUCUAGCGAGGUUUGAUUCGUACUCCUGAGGACGUUUUUACAAUAAAUCCAUUACCCGACCGAUUAGGACUGGACAAGAACAAAACGCGAGCUCACGUGAUCCACAGAAGGUCUACCACACCUCUGGAGAGUGUUGGGAAGGCUCUCAGAGUUGAGAAACGAUCCGAAAACUGGUGUGGAGUUCAAGGUAGUAGUUAACGUAAAAAGAAUACUUAUAUAAAAUGUAAUUUUCUGGCAGUUUUUCACUAUUGUGGAACAAUUCAUUACUAAGCCAAACACAAUGUAGACUCGAUGUUCACCUUUUUUACCUCCAAUUUCCGAUUCUCUCAAGAAGAAAGAGGAGCGCAGGUUCAAUUCCCGAAAAACAACUAGAGAUCUAACCUAGAUACAGAGAAACUGCGGGGUUCUUGGAACAGUCCGUUUAGUGCAGCGUAUCAGAUUAAUUUGUGUUCAGCAAAUGCCGAGCGAGUAAUUGACAAAGUAUCAAAUGUGGCCGUUUUAGGAAGAUGAAACUCUAAUUCAUUGCAAUAACCGUUUUAAUUUCAAACAAAAUAUUUUCAGCAGGAUAUGCUCAUGUUCCCCUGGAAUGAGUUCCUUUACCCUUUAGCAGGCCAGUGGGGACGAUCGAAAUUUAGCAGGCGGACGAGCGUCCAUUUUCGUCCGAAGACCCGCGCUGCUUUCGUUCGCCCGCAUUUUCGAUUGUCGCCACUGAUGAUCAAUACCCCCAGUCUUGGCCAAUAGACUUCGCUUGAGGUCGGUUUUCUUCUUGAGCAUUCAUUCCGGAAAAAGCUAUUUAUCAGUACGAAAAUAAAUAUCAUUAGGAGUCAACAAGAAAUCGAACUGAAUACACAUAAGAGUCGCAAGUAGCCACGGUUUUAGGCUUGCACUUGAUUGGUUGAAAAUAUAGUAUAAGUCAAUUUCUAGAUCAAUCACAGAGCCAGUUGCAUAAAACUUUCACAGCCCCGGAUAACUUUAGAAACUCAAGAGGCAAUAAUUCUAAAGUUCGCCACAAAGGUUCAUAACUAUUCCACUGAACUUUAAACAAGUUAGGGUCGACCGUGAUGAAUAUCUUUUUUUUUGCCGUUGUAGACGAACCAAGCCCUAGAAUGAAACGCGCAAUAUUUGAUCUGCCCACCUCAGCGGAUUAUAGCCGGGACUUCACAAUAGAAACGCUCGUCGUUGUCGACAAAAAGAUGACAGAUUUUCAUGGAAUUGAAGAGCUCAAAGUUUAUGUGCCAAGUCUUAUAAAUAUUGUAAGUUUACCUCUCGUUCUAGAAACAUACGUUUAAAAACAUAUAUUUUACGUUUGGGAAAAAAGGGAAAUGCAAGAGAAGAAUACGAUCCAUGAUUUACACCAAUUUGCUAUUAUGUGUAAUUAAAAAAACGUAUUUUGUACAGACGGCAUGGAAGGUUUUUUCUUUCUUUAUUAAUCGAUAGCAUUGCACGUUAGGUUUACAAUCUUUUAGGCGACACUUCCAUUGGAGCGAACGUAAAAUACGUCUUACAGAAGCUGCUGAUUCUGGAGCAUGAUCAGGUAAGCGGAUUGUGUAUGAUCCUUUGUUAACAUGAUUCACAUUUCUACAAACACACAAAAAAAUGGGCAUAAAGUUAUUGCCUACCCCUUUUUUGAAAUUCCAAAGAAUAAUCCAACAUUUCGAAGAUGGACGCCGCCAUUUUGAACACAACUGAGUAACCUGGCCGCAGUUUGCAAACAGCUGAUGCUCAGCUUCUCGCCUUUCUCUCUCUGAAGGUUUCCCUUCGAGAUCUCCUUCUACUACAAAAACCAACACGCCAGACUUCAAUCCACUAAAAAGAAGUGGAUGAGAAAAUUCGCUACAUGGAUGAUUACAGUUAAAUCCGUUUUUAUUACUACGUUUAGCUGUUGCUUUCCAAUUUCAAAAAUUAUCCACCCUUGAUCGAGAUGUAAAACACACGUUUUCGACUCUUCGUAAGCAUUCUUUCGAUUUUCUCCAGCCCUGGUAGCAGUUAGAGGGAACUCUCAAUGAACUUAUUUACUUCAAAUGAUUUCUCGUUACCAUACAGCGGCGCAUAGUGUACUAAGCGCGUAUCAACAUGGCCAUGUAUAUUCAUAUCACUUGUUCGGAUAUUUUUAGGAAGGUCUUGUGAUAAGCCCACAUGCUGGUAACACCAUGGCAAGCUUCUGUGAGUGGACUAAAAGACAAAACAUUCAGGAUGAUAACAAUCCUGAUCACUUUGAUCAUGCAGCUCUCAUCUCCAGGUAGGCAUGAACUUAAGUUAAAGCAGCAAGACUCGCAGAUCAUCUCGCCUUUGCCCAAAAUUUCUAUGCAACAACAAUCUGUCGACAAAUUACUAAUCCCAACGAAAAAUCAUAUCAUAUCUUCUCAUCGUGAUCGCAAAGCGCUUCAUACGUGUUUUUCAGUUUAAGAGGUUCACUAGCACGUGUCGGCCCAUUUCAUUGCAGGUACGACUUCUGCCGAAAUUCAGAUCACCAAGAGAGCCAGAGCUGCGAGAAAGUAUUAGGUGAGGCCUUGAUCAAUGCUUAAGAAGCAAUAUGGAGCUAUAUUUUAUCCACCUACGCUAACAACUUUCGUCGCUGUUGUAGCCGUCGUUUUUACUGUUUUUAUGACUAUUACUGCUUAAUCUUUCGCAAAGGUCUGGCACAAGUCGAAGGAAUGUGCAGUUUAACAGGAAGCUGUACUUUGAGCAAGGAUGGAGGUUUGGGUACGGCUUAUACCAUUGCACACGAGACAGGACACAAGUGAGUGCAGUCGUGAGGUUUGGGUUCGAGACCUAGUCGAGUUGUUGUUUUGUCUUCUUCUGCAAGACAUUUAGUCUAGUCUGCAAGGGAAACCUGAUGAAAUAUUGGGAGGGGAGGGGGUGGGGUUAGUAACCUGCGGAGGACUGGCAUCCACUUCAGGCGGGAGUGGUAACAUUCGUUUCAUGCUACGGAGAUUAGGAUACGCUCCGGAACUUGGUGAUCCACUUGAAUCGAGUGGAAAUUUACCUUUUAUAUUACGCAAGUCAGUGGUAGAGUUGGGUAGCAUAGAGACGCAAUGCUUGUACUCUAAACAAUGAGACACGUGAACUGGGCUCCAGGGUAACAGUUAUGAUUAUGAGCGAAUUGCAUUUGACUCUACAUCCCGGGGUCUACGAGGGUUAAAGUGAAUUGUUAACGUUCUUCGUCGUUACUUCUCACGUUUUGACCAAGGUAAGUAUUUUAUUUCUUCAUUUUUUUAUGUCUCCCAAUUUUCUUUUUCCUUUAUUUUCCAACAGCCUUGGAGCUCAGCACGACAGUGCAGGUAACCCGUGCGCUGAUGUCAAAAACAUCAUGUCCACACGAGCCAGUGGUAAAGAAACAGCGUUUGAAUGGUCUUCGUGUAGUAGACGUUCAAUUCACGCUUUCCUAUCGUGAGUUCUUAUUCCAUUAUGAUAUUAAUUCCGCUUAGAAAAUUCCUCGACCAUUUAAACCACAUGCUCGCAAGGGAUAUUCUUUAAGCUUCUUAUUCGUUGUAUUGUAUUAUUUGCCCUAAGUCAGUGGAGACUAGGAAAAAUUUCUCUGAGAAACUUACCAAGCUAGUUUUGCAACCAUAGCUGUGAAAACAAAACUCUUCAUUUUCUUGCAGGUCGGCUGGAAUAUGUUUGCUUCUAAAUUAAAUCGUUAUUUUGCCACCUUUUGCCCCAAAGAAUCCUUUCCUUACAACGUAUGUUUUGACAUUUCAAUUCUACAAAAUACAACUAUCUGAUUGUAUCUUAUAUUUUUUUGUGGCACUUACAUUUCCUAGCGGUGAUCAUGCACAGUGCUUAAAUGACAAACCACAAAAGACCGUGGAAUUACCGCAACGGCUGCCAGGAGAGUUGUAUAACGCGGACGAUCAAUGUAAACGGACCUAUGGAGAUGAAUCGCGGGAAUGUCCAGCGCCUUUUUUGAAAGCCGUAAGUAAAUGAAAUACAAAAGUCCUUUAGGAGAUUUCCCUCGUCGCUUUUCGUUUGAUGCUACACGGGGUAUGCUUACGUUCGAAUAGGUGGGUCAAAGCUAGGUUUGCAAAUGGUUAAGGCAAUGUAGGUGUGUCGAAAGUAAAGGCAGAUCAGGAUUUUCCUGAAUGAAUUGAUGGCGUGUUAAGAGGGAACAAGCAAUAAAACAUUCCAGUGGUGAAAAGUUCGCGUGCAGUGAGGUAGGAUACAUUAAAGCUCAUUAAAGAGGCACAUCGUCAUAAACAAAGUGUAAAAUAUUGAAUAUUCUGAGAUUUCAUGACAUGGCUCGUAGGCAAACCUAUUUCAGCUUUCGAGUGGGUAAUAGCUGUGUUUCCUGCACUUGAAAUAGGCCGGUAACGUGCUUUUUUUUUAGUUUCAACACAGUAAUAUCAUACCGUGCUCCCAAAUGGUUGUUUGUUCGUACACAAUCAGCGCUUCAGUGCUCUCUUGUGUUUGGUCCUUUAGCAUCUUUUCCUUUUAUUUGUCGGAGCCGACCCAUACAGCGAGAGUUUUCUCUGCUUGCGACGGUUUUACGUGGCUAAAUCUCACUAACAACUUUAGAUUAAGUGAAAAUAAUGAAGGCCAUUGUAGAAAAGGUUUCUGUGCUUAAGUAGUGCUUUGUUUUCGUGCUUUUAGAAAGUUUGCGUUCAGCUGUGGUGUGUUAAACCAGAGAAUGGAAUGUGCGUAACACUACAUGAGCCUGCAGCUGAAGGCACGGAGUGUGGUCAUCAGAUGGUAAGACUGUAGUCAAUGACUGAGCUUAUUUUAAGGUUUUGUAUAUCGUGGGUGCUUUGGUGGGAAAUAAUUUGCAGAGAAAGUCAAACGAGAAAUGAUAAUUCGUUGUUUAUCCACCAGUGGUGCCGGCGAGGGAAGUGCGUCCCAUAUGGUAGCGAGGGACCUGAGGCUAUUGACGGUGGCUAUGGUCCGUGGGGAGAAUGGAGCGGCUGUUCUCAUUCGUGCGGUGGGGGACUGAUAACUAGACAGAGAAAAUGCGACAAUCCCGAGUAAGUUUGUCCUGGAACUUAGAAAUUGAAAAAGAUUUUCUAGAAAUUUGUGUGCCUGCUUUCAAAAAUGUUUACUGUUCAAACAUUUGAAUACAAAGAGUAGUUUAGUACGAUGAGUAGUAGGUGUCAUAUUUUACCAUUUUCCAUCAAUGAGAUAUUCUUUUCAGGCCCCAAAAUGGUGGCAAGUUGUGCUUAGAACAUUCAGAGGAGUUUCAGUACUGCAAUACACCGGUGAGUAUUCGUCCAUGUUACAAUUUACUAGAUUUUUGUUCGUCCCAGCUCGAAUUUCACCUUUUAAGAACAAUUCUUAUUGGUCGAGAUGUGAGAGAGAAGGACUGUUUUUACUUACAUGUCAAGACUUUGCCAAACUUUCUCACCGAUACAAAUCUGUGAGACAACCCAUUUCCAUUGCAAAUUUAACAAAAGAUAAAAGAAACUUGACUUCUGAUUCAUAUUACCCAGAAAUGUCCGGCAGGAACACCCAGUCCAAGAGCAGAACAGUGUGAAUCAAAGCAACAGAUGCGAUUCAUUGAUGGUAACAAAUAUCAAUGGGCAUACAAUCCAGCAAUUCCAGUACCAGGUGAGGUGUUUGUUAAAGGAUCCUUAAUGCAUGUAUAUCCCUGCGCAAGAUUAUAAAUUAAAGCAUACAAUAAAAGCAUUAAAUCGAAAAUUAACAACAAUUUUCCUCGUGUGGUUCCACCUUUCACGUCGCCUACGGUUUGAAUACAGUGUAAGCAGCUGAGAUAGAAGUUUAUGACUACAAGACUUGAAAAAAAAUAUUAAUAAAGUCAAAGUUUUAUCUCUAGUAUCAUGUUUGGCUUUGUCAGUUAAGAAAUUAAAACUCAAAGGUUUCGUUUUCAAUUUAGAGGGAUCAAAAAGAUGUUACAUGCACUAGCAUUUACGUCUACUUGGAGAUUUUUAACGCCAUUACUUAAACAUUUUUUUGUAUUCACUUAGCUACGAAGCGCGAAUUGACAUAAAACUGCUCACGAGUAUGUCGAGUGAACUACUUUGCCAUCUUGCUUCUCGUUUCAGCCGGUCAGCAGUGUAAGUUAUCGUGUAUCGCUGAGGUAGGUAUUCGGCAAUUCGCUAAGUACUCAUUUGGUUUCGUGGCCGACGGAACUCGGUGUGAUGACUAUGACGAAAACAGUGGGCUUUGUGUCGAUGGAAAAUGUCAGGUAAUGCUGUCUUUGUAAAACUUAUUCGCUAAUGCUUAUUUCCGUCAUCCAUACGUUGCUUAUAGCUUACGCGAGACUUUUGAUGCUCAAGAAAACAUUUCUGAAUGCAAGUUAUAAAUCAUAGUCCUACCAACAUGUUGUUCCUUGCCCGAUUAUGCUGAAACAAUUUCCCUGAUAUCCAACCAAAGGGAUUAGGUGAAAAAGUGAUAACAUUCUUUCUUACACACACCAAGAUAGUACAACCUCCUCUGAACCUCUCUCACUCCUCCCUUCUCAAACACACACGAACGCCAUAUACACAGAAACUCUUACGAAAUGUCGGCUGUUCCCUAAAUUUAUUUCAGAAAAAUUAAGUCUAACCCCGCGUUUUUGUCACCCUCUAGCCACUAGGUUGUGACAAAGUUCUCGGCUCCAGUCAAAAGUUUGAUCGUUGUGGCGUAUGUGAUGGGGACGGAACUACAUGCAUUGGCAAAAGGUUAACAUAUAAAGGGCUGCCUAAUCCCAUAAAAGGUCAGUGGAUCAAAGUUUUAAAAUACACGAAAUUAAAACUAAAAAAGCUGUGGACGAAGGUAUUUCAAUAAGCGUGAACGAAAUAAACGAUUUAUUGUAAAAUGAAAGAAAGUGAUCGUAGAUCUGAGAGAAAUUCGGAAAAAGACUCAACUGUUGGCGUUAUUUUUAACUACGUAUAACUGUGUUUACGUGGCUUGCAGAGCUGUGCUGGAAGGGUUUCAUUCUUUAGCACCCCAGUGGUGAAAUACAUGUGAAUUACAAGUAUACUUUAAAUAUUUAAAAAAUACGACAAUCUUACAUUUGACUUUAAAAUUAAAAGUCUAAGGGGACUGGGAAUUACAAGAGUCAGUAGUUAUAUACCAAUGAAAAACGCUUAGGUUUGGUAGGCUAGUAGACCAAGUGACGCAGGCGUAUUCGAGGACCGAUCGUACCAAGGCAUAAAAUAUGUUAAUAAGGUCUUCGGGUGGAAUUCCGGACCGCUUGAGCACUCUUAAGAUGUAAAGACGUUUUGAGGCUUUGGAGACAGUCUCACGCACGUGCUCAUUCCACCCAAGAGUGUCGCUGAUAGUGACUCCAAGGACCUUGUGUGAGGAGACCCGUUCUAAGGGACGUCCAUUGACGCACAAAGGGCCAAGAUCUGGCCGUGUUCUAAGCGAACAAAUCACAAGUUCCUUGCACUUCUUUGGGUUGAGGUUCAUAUUAUUGCGCGACGACCACUGUGCAAUGGCGUCAAGAUCUUUCUGAAGGGACGAUGUACCGCCUGAUGGGAUGACCUCGGAUAUUGUCAGGUCAUCUACAUAUUUCCAGUGGCUCGAUAGUAAUGGAGUUUCAAUCGCGCGAUCGUUAAUCAUCAGGAGGAACAGGAUGGGGCCAAGCUUAGUGCCCUGCGGGACUCCAGCGUGCACGGGCAACCAAGGGGAUACAAUGUUCUUAAUCUUAACAGCUUGGCGACGGCCAUAAAGAGAACUGCAAAUCCAACGGAUAAUAAAACCACGGACCCCAAGGUGGAUGAGUUUAUUGACUAAGAUAGUGUGGUCAAUAUGGUCAAAAGCCUUACUAAAAUCCAGGAAGCAGGCCCUUAAGAACAUACCUGGUUUGUCAAUAGAGGACAACCAGUUGUGCAUCAUAUCCAACAGGCAAUAGAUGGUUGAAGUUCCUUUGAGGCAGCCGAAUUGGCUGAAAUCGAUGAGGUGCACAACAUCCUCAAUUAGCCAUUCAACUACGAAAUCCUCCAGGACUUUAGAGACGAUUGCAGUUAGGGAGAUAGGUCUUAAAUCUUCCCUACCGGUUAUGGGCGUAACCUUGGGUACCGGUGUGACAUUAGAGUCUUUCCAUGCAGUAGGGAAGGAGCCUGAUGCAAUAGAGGUGUUGAAUAUUCGCGUGAUCGGCUCAGCGAGCUCAGCAGCAUAUUCUUUCCAAAUACGAGUCGGAAUCCCAUCAGGCCCAGGGGCCUUAAAGGCGCUGAUGGCAAGUAGCUUUUGUAGACCCUUUGUGUCUCGAUUACGGGCGGUUGAGGGGAUGGUAAGUAGCAGGGCAGUGCACUUGUAUCAAGUGGCUUAAUGUCAGAUAUUACAGAUACAAAAAAACUCAUUAAGGCGUAUUGCGAGAGUCGCGCCAGAGAUAAUUCUGCCUUCCUCGUCAGUAUAACUGAGUUCGUUAGGGCUGCUAGCCUUCCCUGCAAGCUUAUUCACCAUACUCCACCAUUUCCUCGGGUCAGUGCUCUUGAGGUUAUUAACUUUGUUUUUAUAGAACUCGCAUUUCCGGCGGGUGAUAACCUCUCUGACCUUAUUUCUAAGGCGACGCCAUUUCUCCUCCGGGCCAUUUAGAUAGGCGCGUUGGCGCUCUAAUAUGAGAGCCUUAAUCUCAGGUGACAUCCAAGGCUUGUCCAUUGGAUGAAUCUUCACGUAUUUGGACGGAAAGUAGAUAUCGCUGGCUGAUGAAAGAUCCUUAGUAAAUGAGUCAGUGAGAGAGUCAACUGAUGGUGAGUCACCGUCUACUUCUAAAUCACUGAACCAACGGUGUGAACACGCCCACCUCCCAAAAGCGUUUAUUGCCGACUGAGGAAAGCGACGCAUCGGGAUCUUUUUCUUUUCAACGCACAGCGGGUUUAGUUGGUUCAUUGAAAGCGGAUUCCAGUGAACAGAGCUAUGGUCCGAAGACCCUAAUUGUGCGCUGACAAUUGGUUCGCUAAAGUAUUCACUAAAAUCCGUUAAAAUAAGGUCUAGUAUGCUAUUGCCCCGAGUGGGUCUGAUAACUACUUGUUUUAGGUUAUGAUUGGCUAACAUGUCUGAGAUGUCCUGGGUGUUAAAAUCGCCUAAUAACACUACACCACAGUCUGGAUAAGAAGUCUUUACGGAGUCUAGUGUUUCUAUGAUGUACAUUGUGCGAUCUCGCUGCACUUGCGCAGAGGCCACAGGAAAAUACACCACCCCACAUAUAAUACCAGAUAGUGGGCGUGGUAGACGAUGAGGGCGUAGCCAUAGCCACAAACACUCGUGUUCUGGAGACUCCAAGUCAGAUCUACGCUUGAAAGGUAUCUCUGAAGACACGAACGCGCACACGCCACCCCUAUUCGGUUGUGGCGGUCACGUCUCGCGAUGUUGUAACCUGGAAUGGUAAGGAUGUUAUUAUCGAUGUAGUCAUGCAGCCAAGUCUCCGUAAUAAUUGCAAUAUCCAUGUGAAACGUUAAAAGCUGAGCAGUCAACUCGUCCAGUUUGUCCCUGACCGAUCGAGCAUUUGCCAUGUAGAAACUUGGGAAGCUGUAAUUGGGGCGUUUUUGAGAAGUAAUCUUAGUUAGAUUGAUUACUUUCACUGCUCGUUGACGAUUUACUGGUUUACUGGGUCCACGCACUGCGCUGCGAGGUGUGAUCCUGACCGGAAUCGAUCGUGCGUCCUCUCCUAUUGUUCGCGGAACAAAAGGACAGCUACGAGAAUUAACAUAAUCACCAGUAAAGAUGGAGACACAAUUAUUUAAAUUUCUUGAUCUUGAGUUGUAAAUAUUCCUGGAUUGACAGGGUCUUGAAAUCACAGGAAUCGGCAUGUGUUUUUGAGUGAAGGUAUUCCGAAAGCGUAGAAUGCCCAGGUCUUGGAGUCGGUGUUUUAAUUCAGGACGCAAAGAGACGCUAUUAAUAGAGGCAGCCAAAUUACGCAAAGCCGAAGGAGAAUACGCAAUUGUUGGUCGGGUUCGGUCAGAAGUCCUUUGCUGGUCUUGAAUUAAACAGGGUCCUGGUAGAGGGUGAACGUCACCACUUCUAAUGAUGUUUUCUAGUCCGACGGGCCGCAGGACAAACGCUGCUUCGGGCAGACAUAUCAUAACAGGCCCAUGUUUAGUAGUCUUCUGAACAGCGAACUUAACUCGAUGUUUCCGGCGAAAUUUAACCCCUUUGCUUACAUAUUUUCCUCAACAUGUGCACGCCUACAAAAUGAAAGAAUAGCGUCUCUCCUCCAGGCAACUGUGGACGUAAAAAGUUGUUCUGUAACUCUCUCAUCGUUUCUUAUACUCUGUUUUUAUCAACUGUGCCAGGACAUUAUCAGUCGAUCGCACUAAUUCCAGACGGAACGAGAAAUAUCCAAAUUAAGGAACUAAGUGGUUUCAAGAAUUACUUGGGUAAGUUCAAGUCUGGCUGUAAGUUGAUAAUCGCUUCUCUAUCUUCUAUAAUUAGUUAUUCAAUAUGAUAAUUUUAUAACUAUUCGUGUGCCGCGCCCGUUCAUGAACCAGCUUUUACUUUGCGCGAUUAAACCUAUUUUUUUCACCACAUUUUUUUUGGCAUAGCCGUUUCAGUGCUCACUAUCUUUGCUACCAUCAACAGCCAUGAUGACAGUUGCCGGCGAGGAUCUACUCAACAUGGACUUCCGUAUCAAACCUCGUUCAUUCGCGUUUGUCGGCGCUGGUACAAGGUUUAAAUACGUGAGGGAUGAGAACGGAAGGGAGAGAAUAACUGCACAAGGACCCCUCAACCAAGAUGUAGAGUUGCUGGUGAGAAAACAGAUCAGCGGCUGUGUUUGAUCUACCAAAAACGGAACCGGAAAAUCUGACAACACAUUUUAAUCCUUUGUAUUCAUACUGGUCUCUAUACAAUUAUUAUAUGAGGUUGACAAAGAAAAUUGUGUCAAGAUCAUUUCGUUUCUCAUGAUCUUAGUGUAUGAUUCAGCAAGGAUACUAGAAGGUGAAAUAAGAAGCUGGUCACUCUUAAGUGUUUAAGGGUUCAAUGACAGAGGGAAGGGGAUAUCCCUUGACUCUAAAAGGGGGACUGGACUGGGAGAAAAGAAGAAAGAUUCUGGGACCAAAAUUAAUCUCGACGUCGUCAAAUUAUGAGUAUAUGAAUUUUUUUGUCAUUGAUUUGUUUUACCACUGAUCAAUUUCGUGUUUUUCAGUAUCUGGUUCAAUCAUGGAAGGAAGAAUACCAAGUCAGGAUUCGUUAUCUCGUCCCUCGUUUAAAGGAGGCAAACGACGACGAUACGAGAAUUGAGCGGAGCCUUAAGCAGGACGAAGUCACUUUCCAAUGGAUCAGGCGAUCUUUGGGCUGCUCCGAGACCUGUGGUGGAGGUUGGUAGGAAAUUUUUUAACUGAUUCAUUACAAUGGCUAGAAAAGGAACUAAGUUUAUUAUUAUUUUUCUAAAUUCGAAAACCUCUUUUUGAUACUGCAGGAAAGUAAUUUGUGCUGCUUACAAAACAAAAAUUGUUCGUGAUCUUUAACAGGUAUAGAGGUACGCAGACCAACCUGUGCUCGCGCUGAUGACGGAUCCAUUGUCAGUGACCACUACUGUAAAGGAGAAAAGCCUGAUGAAGAGAAUUCUGAGUGUAAUAUUCGAAAAUGUCCAGCUAGGUAAUAAAAACUUAACUACUAUUGUUUUUCUCGUUUUCCUCGAGUCAUGAUACCUCAUAAUAGGCACGAAGAGCAUUUCUUAGUAAAAUAUGUCUCUCCCUCAGAUGGAAAACUGGAGAAUGGUCCGACUGCUCCAAGACCUGCAACGAUGGAAACCCUGGGGAGAGGACGCGGGAGAUAAUGUGUGUCGAUGAAUUUCAUGAAAUCGAGACGGAAGAUUCAGAAUCUUACUGCGCAGGACCAAAACCUGCCACACGAGAGACAUGCGCAAUGCAACCCUGUCCUGCUGAGUGGGUCACACUUUCGUCAGGUCCGGUAAGUCAUUAAGGGAGGGUGUGAGACUCAGUGAUCCAGAAAUAAACUCCGCCAUUCCAUUUUAGGGGGUAUAGUGCAUUUUCACAGUGGAAUAAGCUGCUUACAGGGAUAGCCGAGGUAAUAUUAAUCUCAGAAAGCGUGGGAUGGUUAACUUAAUCUUAUAAUUAGCUGAUUUAAAAAAAAACGAAAAGCACGGGAAAUGAAUUGAAGUUGUAGGGGUCGGUGUAGGAAUGGUGUGGAAAGAAGAAAGACGGGAAUUCCGGGGGAAAUCUCGCGGAUAGUGGCUAAGUUUCCUACACUACAGAAAUGGGAAGAGCUGCAAAAAGGACUAAAUCGCAAGAAAUUUCCUGGUGUCUCAGAGAAUUGUGCAAGAUGCGAAAAUUACAGAACAUUGCUUAGGCUAGAAAACGCAAAUCAGAAUCAACUAAAUUUCAUUGAUACAACUGGUAAGUCGAAUCUUUCUCGGAAAUCUGACCAAAUCACUUUAGUUUUGGUUUCAUGACAUAAAGUAGAAAAGCAUUCUAAGGUCAAUACUCAUUACGAGCAAAACUUCUUGCUUUUGUUCCAGUGCUCCGCCGUUUGUGGUCAAGGUUUGAGAAUGAUUGAAGUAAGUUGCGUGAGGACAACCCCAUCCAACAAGAAAGUCAAAGUGUCAGAUGAAGAAUGCACCGGCCAAAAGCCUCCCAUUGCGGCCUCGUGUGAUUCUGGGAUUCCAUGUUAAUGAUUCAGGAGUAUUAGACAGAUUUGACGUUGACAGCAAUUGAGCUUAAAAAGAACAAAUUCUUAAUCGUCAACACAUGAAACCAUUAGUUUACAAAUAUUAUGUUUAGCGUUAUAAGUGUUUCAGUAUAUCUUUCUUAACAAGAACAAGCUAAAUUACAAAAAAGGUAGCAACAAAGUAUAUAACAUUGUUACUCAAGGAGCUAUGAGACAAAAAUAUGGAGAACGCUAAUUCAAUGAAUGAGUUAUAAAAAUAAGGUUGAUCUUUCAACUAUAGACAGCUUAUUGUCCAUGCCAACCACGAAGAGUUAAAACGAAGACACUUUCGCUAACAAAAAAGCCAGUGAUGAUUUAAAGAAGAUCCCUAUUCGAUCCAUGCUAGGAAACUGUGGCGCUACUUCAACCAACCAGGAAGUUAAUGCAAAUUGGCGCAACAUAAUGUAUUAUGGUUAACGUUGACUUAACAUUCCACGCGCUUUAGACCAC